AUGGCGAUGAAAAAGACGAAGCUGAUGUCGAAAAAAAAUGACGAUGACAAAGAUGAAAAGAUCAAAGAGAGAAAAAAGCUAGAGAAAAAGCUGAAUAAUGGUUUUAUUUUGAGAUAUAAUUCAAUAAAUAUGGACAACAAAUGGAGACUUCCUUCAAAUAGAUAUGUAGAAGAUGUCAUAUAUAAUUGGGCA